UUAAAAAGUGAAAUCAUAAUAAUGGUAUCGACAUAUCUUAAUAUCAAUUAAGAUAAGAUUUUUGGCCAUUAUACAACAAAAACCCUAACAUAAUAUAAUAUUAAUUUUUUCGUGAGUACACUUUUGUACUGAAAUGCUACUCUUAUAUUUAAUGCACCAAGAUCACCACGUAGCCCUAUUGAUACGUGUAUUGCUGUUGUUGAACUUGUGUCUUUGCUAUUCGCUUUUGUACUUAGCGCACAAGUUGUCUGGCAAAUACUAACCGUCAACCAAAAUGAACAGUAACGGGGAUGAAGACGCAAAGUCGUUGUUCUUAAAAGGAAUCGAGUACGAACGCGAUGGUAAUCACUACGACGCAACAAAAUGCUACAGGCGCGCUUUCAAAAUGGACCCAGAUAUCGAAGACAAAAUAACAGACGAGGACGUAGCUGCCUUGCGCCAGACUGAAAGCUCGGACGAAAGUGACAGCGAGGAAGAUUAUGACAGCCAAGAAGAUCUGUAUGUAAGACUUCAAAGAGUUAUCGAACCGCAAAUAUGUUUUCCCGAACACUCGCAACAAGCCACUCACUUUUCAGCUCUUCCGACAGAACUUGUACUGUAUGUAUUUAGAUGGGUCGUAUCGUCCGACUUAGACUUGCGAUCAUUAGAGAUGUGUGCGACUGUUUGCCGUGGAUGGUAUUUAUGUGCUAGAGACCCAGAACUGUGGCGUCGUGCAUGUUCAAAAAUUUGGAAUAAAUUGAAUAUUGACGAUUUAGCUGCAGUCGAUGGCAGUUGGCGAAAGAUGUUUAUUGAGCGUCCUCACGUACUGACGAUAGGAUGUUAUAUAUGUAAAAUAUCCUAUAUGCGACAAGGAGAAGAGUCGUUUCAAGACUUGAGUUAUGGCCCAUCCUUAAACGUUGUUUAUUAUAGAUAUCUCAGGUUUUUCUCCGAUGGCCGUGUUAUCAUGAUGUUAUCCAGUAGUGAGCCUGGUAAAAUUGUACAGAGAUUGAAGUCAAAAGCACUGGCACCACACGACGUCUGCCUCGGUUACUAUCAACUGUCCGACAAUCAAUUAUUAUUGAAACUCGACAGUAAAGUGACAAAAGCAGAGCAAAAUAAUAAACAAAGACAUCGAUUAGAAAAUGUUCAAAGGAAAACUACAUACUAUAUGACCUUGGAAAUUUUAAAACACAAAUCCAAGCAUAACCACAAACUAACAUGGAAAGAGUAUGAAAUUGUGCACCGCAACCGAAUCAACAAAUUAAUGACUACCAAAUACGAUUUAUCUAGUAAUCGUUUUCCUCCGUUUUUAUAUUCACGGGUGAAAAGUUAUACGACUGAAUCUGACAAUGUCUUGUAAAUAGGUGUAAUUAAAAUGUAUUUAUUAUUGUUAAAUUAAUUUUAUUUUUUUUUUGUUUUAAAUUUUCAAUGUAUAAAUAUAAUAUUCCGUUUGUGCCUUGCGUACUUACCUAUGUCUUUAAA